UUUGAGUAGCACAGCAGCGAUUAGAAAAAGAAACCGGAGCAGCACUUAAGGAGUUUGUGACAUUUGCUACCGGGAUAUCCUCGUCUCGAGUUUACUAUCCCUCUUCCGAAACGUUCGCUUGGAUCGUCUUUUCUUGAUAUUUUUUUUGGGAACGAUGAUGUUCACUGCUUUCAACACGGAGUGCGACUCUUCCUCCCGCUGCAGCACCGCUUCUCCGUCCGGGGGAGACAAUCUGGGAUACUACCCGUCACCGGCAGGAUCUUACUCCAGCUUGGGAUCCCCCCAGUCUCAGGAAUUUACUGAUCUGACAGCAUCAAGUGCCUCCUUCAUCCCCACCGUCACGGCUAUCUCCACGAGCCCAGACCUGCAGUGGAUGGUCCAGCCUUUGAUCUCCUCGGUGGCCCCCUCUCACAGAGCUCACCCUUACAGCAUGAGCCCCAGCCCUGCAUACCCCAGAUCAUCUAUGAGAUCUGCAUCAUCCAAGUCUCACACCUCUACCAAGAGGGGCAGAGUAGAACAGGUUAAUCAUGAGGAGGAAGAGAAGCGGAGAAUUCGCAGAGAGAGAAAUAAGCAGGCAGCCGCUAAAUGCCGCAACAGGAGGCGCGAGCUUACAGACACCCUUCAAGCUGAAACUGACAUGCUGGAGGAUGAAAAAUCCAACCUGCAGAGUGACAUUGCCAACCUGCUGAAGGAGAAGGAAAGGCUUGAGUUCAUUCUUGCUGCCCACCAGCCUAUCUGCAAAAUUCCAUCAGAGCUGGAGACGGACUUCCCCGUGUCCUCCAUCUCUCCCUCCCACUCCUGCCUCUCUCCCGCCUUGGCUUCCCGGCCAGAAACAUCUACCAUAACCGCCAGCCAGCCAUCCUUCACCUCAACCUCUAACUCCAUCUUCUCCAGCACCACGCCCAUCCUCUCCACUGCCACUGUCUCCGACAGCACGGUCAAGAUGGCCGACCUGGAGGCCUCCGUCCUGGAGGAAUCCCUGGAUCUGCUGGCAAAGACAGAGAUGGAGACGGCACGGUCAGUGCCGGAGGUGGACCUCUCCAACUCCCUUUACACCAGCCAGGACUGGGAGCUCCUUCAUACCUCAAGCAACAAUAAUGACUUGGAGCCUCUGUGCACACCCGUGGUGACCUGCACACCAGCCCUCACCACCUACACGUCCUCUUUUGUGUUCACCUUCCCUGAGGCUGAGACCUUCCCCACUUGUGGCACAGCACACAGGAGAGGAAGCAACAGCAAUGAGCAGUCAUCCGACUCCCUCAGCUCACCUACCUUGCUGGCUCUUUAAAGACUCUUCCUGAAAGAAAAAAAAUCUUCCUAUCAGGCACAUUUUCUCUGAUAAUGAAAAAAGAUGUGCAGAUCACAGGGCUAUGGAGCAGACUUGUACCAGGAAGCAUAUUAUUUCUGAUUUAAUCUGCCUUUAUCUAUACUUGCCUAUUACACCAAUGUAGCAAGUUAACGAGCAUGUUUGAACUAAUACCAACUAGUUAUUUUGAGUUCCUAUAUGAUUUCAUGGUGCUAGAAAACAAAACUUGUUGUGUAUCGAUGUGUGUUCAAAGCAAUAGUUAUUAUUUGAUCCAGUUUGUUUUCUGGUUAAUGGAAUGUGAAUUGUUUGUGAACCUUUAAAACUGAUGUGCUUUGUCUUAACCAUGGUUUGAGUGGUCUAUCCGAGUAUGAAGUUUUCUGUGAAAACAUUAGUGUUAUUAAUUUAUGAUAUUUCAAUUUAUAUAUUAUUUUUUACAAAGAGUAUGGGCAAAUGUUAUUUGUAAGUUAUGUAAAUAAAAUAUAGAAAUAUU